AUGCGUAUCCCAGUUAGCACAGCUUCAAGCCCUGAGCUGCCUUCUCGCCCUGCCAACACCGCGUCUUCCGACAGCAUCCAUGGAAUCAAAGCAUCCAUACUAAUUCCUGGCCGCGGUGAGCCGCUCAACAACGGCGCCAUCGUCAUUAAAGAAGCGAAAAUUGCUUGGGUGGGCCAUCAAACGUCUAUCCCGGCGCAAUAUGCGCACGUGCGAUUCAAGACAGUCCCGGUGUUGAUGCCGGGUCUUUGGGACUGUCAUAUGCACUACACAGGCGCUGGUCCCGGUGAUACUGCCAGCUACGAGUCCGGACUGGGGCCCAUUGCUUUGUUUGGGGCCCGUGUGUCUAAGGAGCUCGAAAGAACACUCCUUGCAGGCUUCACGACUGUCCGCGAAACUGGCGGCUAUGCAGGGGAAAUAUUCCCUGCCGUGAAGGAAGGAACACUGAUUGGACCAAAUGUGUAUUCCAGCGUCGGCAUCAUGGGAAUAACAGGCGGGCAUUCAGAUAUCCACUCUCUGCCGAUUGACACCGUGAUAGGCAACGCCCGACACAGCGGUGGUAUAAACCAGGUCUGCGACGGGGUCUCGGACUGUGUCAAGACGGUUAGACUAAUGGUUCGCCGCGGUGCCAAGUUGAUCAAGGUGUGCGCAUCUGGCGGUGUUGGCAGUGAGCUAGAUGACCCUCAAGACGUGCAAUUCUCGCCAGAAGAGCUCAAGGCAAUUGUUGACGAGGCGGCACGGACUAAAAGGAUUGUUGCAGCGCAUUGCCACGGCAAAGAAGGGAUUAUGAAUGCGCUGCAUGCUGGAGUGCGGACCAUUGAACACGGGAGUUAUUUGGACGAAGAAGCUAUUGCGCUGAUGAAAGAAAAAGGCGCAAUCCUCAUUGCCACUAGACUGAUUGUCGAAGAGGGUUUGAAGAAUCCUGAGUCAUGGCCGCCAGUUAGCUAUCAGAAACUGAUUAAGAUUCGCGCACAAAAUAAAAAGUCUUAUGCCUUGGCCGUUCAACACGGAGUCAAGAUUGCACUAGGUACGGAUUGGACGGCCGGAGAACAUGGGAAAGAGUUGGAAUAUGCCAUCGAAGCAGGCCUCACGCCGUUACAAGCUAUUGAAGCGUGUACGGCGACCAGCCCAGAGACACUAGGAGCACAUUUUGCGCCCUUGUCUGGCCAGUUAAAGGAAGGAUACGACGCAGAUGUUAUUGCAGUCUCUGCUAAUCCGUUGAACGAUGUCAAGAUUUUGGGUGAUCCUAACAAUGUGACGCAUGUUUGGAAGGGUGGGAAGCUAUACAAAGAGGAGUGA